AUGAAUAACUCCACCCCUCUCCAUGAUAACGCGAACUCUAUUCAAUGUGUGACUUCUCUCAAAACACUAACACCGCACAUAACAUGUCUUGCGGUUCACCGGAACUUUCUCUAUGCCGCGUCCCUAAACCUAAUCAACGUCUUCGACCUCUCCCAUUACACCCUCAUCGACACCUUCAACCAAAGCCCUCGUUCAGGUUUCGUCAAAUCCAUCACGUUCAAUGGUUCAAAAAUCUUCACUGCUCACCAAGACUGUAAGAUCCGUGUCUGGAUCAUCACCCCAUCAAAACGACACCGUCUCUUAACUUCCCUUCCCACCGUCAAGGACCGUCUCCGACGCUGCAUCGUGCCGAAAAACUACGUCACCUCUCGCCGCCACCGUAAGAGCCUUUGGAUCCAGCACAACGACACCGUUUCGGGUUUGGCGGUGAACGGGAGGCUCAUGUAUUCAGUUUCGUGGGAUAGGAGUUUCAAGAUUUGGGAUUUAACGAGGAAUUACCGUUGUUUGGAGUCUGUUAAGGCGCAUGAGGACGCUAUUAACGCCGUGACAGUUGGACGUGACGGCGCAGUUUACACGGCGUCGGCCGACGGGUGCUUGAAGAUUUGGAAGAGGGAUGAGAAGUUGAAACGGCACGUGCUGGCGAGCAGUGUUGUAGGGAAGCAGAGGCCAACUGUUAACGCGCUUGUGCUGGAUGACGGUGGCGAGGAGUUGUUUUCUGGCGGUAGCGACGGGAGGAUCUGCCGGUGGGAGAGUGAGUGCGGCGGAGGGGAGGGUGUUGUGUUGGUGGAGACGUUGAGGGGUCAUGGUGGGGCUGUGCUGUGUUUGGUCCACGUGGGUGGGUUGUUGGCGAGCGGGGCAGCGGAUGGGACGGUGAGGAUCUGGCGGCGGGAAAAGGGGAGUGGCGGGUAUUUUUGCGGGGCGGUGUUGGGAGGGCAUGAGAAACCGGUGAAGUCGUUGGUGGCGGUUUCCGGUGGUGGAGGUGACUCGAAUGGUGUCGUGACGGUUUUCAGUGGAAGCCUAGAUGGGGAGAUUAAGGUGUGGGAGGUGUUUGCUGGUUCAGUUUGA